UCAUAAGUAGUAACCAAACGGGACAUAACAUAACCCAAUGUUACGGCAAAAUGUCAAAGAUUACCGUUCUCACUUAAACCAAUAAACAAACCCACCCAAUCACUAAAGCAACCUUCUUGAUUAUCCUAAAGCCGCAGCGCAAGCAAUCACUCUUUUUCUUUCUCAUAAUAAUGCAAAUUCUUCCCCACUCUGCAGCAACAAAUUCUCAUUUGCAAACCCCAUAAAGGCAUAUCAUCUUUAUACUUUACCGGGAUCUGUGUCUCCUUUUAUUUUUCCCCAAGACAAAGUAGACAUUGUCUUCCACUCACUUCAAAAAAGAGAGUGAGAGAGAGAAACUUUGUGGUCUGUGUUCUGUGAAACUGAAGUGUUCUUCCUCAAUCAUUGUCUUUUACAGUCAAAUUCAGCGUCUAAGAUCUCAUUUCAAAAAAAUUUCCGCUUGUUAAAGUUGGUUUCUCACUCACAAGUCACAAGUCACACCCUUUAUUUACUUCAGCAUCCAACAAAGUGUUCCUUACUUGUUCUGUUCAAUGACUCAGAUCUUCAAAUGUGAGUGUUGUAGCAUCAUUGCAUGAGUCACCCAUCAAACAUUGUUCAAGUAACUGUUUUUAGUUUAUUUUGUAAAUGAGGGUGUGGAGGGUUCACCCACAAGAGCAAAAGCUUUGUCCAAAUGGUGUUUUGAGGUGGGUUUUGGUUUGGAUGAGUGUUUGUUUUCUUGUGUUCACGGUUGGUCCACCGUCUCGCUCGAGGGUGAGGAAGAGUGUAUCUUCUCAACUUUCUUGUCCUCCAUGUGAUUGUUUCUGCUCUUCAGCUGAAUAUCUCCUCGAUCCUCUAGGACUGGUCAACAGCUCAAUUUCCAAUUGUGGUAAACAUGAUCCGAUUUUGAAUGAGGAAAUGAACAAGGGUCUACUGACAAUGCUAUCUGAGGAGCUAAAUUUGCAGAAAAUUGUGGCCAACGAGACCAUGGAACACACCAAACAGUUAAUAAUGGAUGCCAGGAAAACCUUUUCACAUUACCAGAAGGAAGCAGAAAAGUGCAACAUUGGGGUGGAAACUUGUGAAGAAGCAAGGGAGAGGGCAGAGGCAGAGCUCAUUGAAGAACACAAGCUGACAACAUUAUGGGAAAAUCGUGCAAGUGAAUAUGGGUGGGUGGAAUGACUGAAGAACACACUGAAGGAGUUUAGUUAACCAUUGCUACAUUAUGUUAUGUUACCCCUUAAUUGUAUCAUAGCUUUUAUAGCCAAUACACAGAUCUCUUGUGAUGAUUUCAACCAGGUUAACAAUUCUAUUGAAACAAGUUUUGUGCUUCACUACUUCACACAUAAUGAAUUGAUCCCUGUUUUCCUAAUA